CAACUUGCUUGACUUAAUCAGCAUGCACGUCCUUGCAGAUCCAAGAUGGCGUCGGUUUCUUCGUAAGCCAGAGCUCCCAGACGUAUCCAUUCAGUCGGCUGAAAUCAUGGCGUCCGGCAGCACGGGGAGCAGAGUGUCUUGCGGGAGAGAUUUGAAUUGUGUGCCGGAGGUAGCAGACACUUUAGCUGCGGUCGCCAAACUUGGGUUUGACUUCCUGUGCAUGCCCCUGUUCCACUCGAGGUUCAGGAGAGAGUUUGAGUUGGAGCCAGCUAAAUCCCGAACCGGUGCCCAUACCCGAUCAGACCUGCUGCUGUGCGGAAGAGAUUGGAAUACUCUUAUUGUUGGAAAGCUCUCUCCAUGGAUCGACGCAGAUUCAGAAAUCGAGACAGAGCGCAGAAACUCAGAGGCUGCUUUGGCACAGGAGUUGAACUUCUCAGCCUACCUAGGUCUGCCUGUGUUCAUGAUCCCUCUAAAUGGCCCUCACUGUGCCAAUUUAGCCCGUGUGCUGCUAAACCACAUCCACACUGGACACCACACCUCAAAUUUCUGGAUACGUGUCCCACUGAUGGCAUCAGAGGACAUGCGGGAAGAUCUGAUUGAGAAUGAACCGAGCACUUGCAUCGAAGACACAAGUGUUGAUGAGAAGACCUGGGGCUGGUGGCACUCAUUUAGAACCCUUUGUGAUUACAACAAGAGGAUCUGUCUCGCUAUUGAAGUUGCAGCAGACAUGCCGUCAGACGCUGUGAUUGAUAAGUGGCUUGGGGAACCUAUCAAAGCAGCCAUACUUCCCACCAGCAUUUUCCUAACCAAUAAGAAGGGCUUCCCAGUUUUGUCAAAAGCCCAUCAGCGAAUAAUCUUCAGUCUUUUCAAGUUGGAGGCCCAGUUCAUCUUCACAGGCACCAGUCGCCACACUGAGAAGGACUUCCGGUCCUACCUGCAGUACCUGGAAUACCUUAACCAGAACCGGCCUGCACCCAAUGCUUACGAGCUCUUCGCCAAGGGCUAUGAAGACUACCUGCAGUCUCCCCUCCAGCCACUCAUGGACAAUCUGGAGUCUCAGACAUAUGAAGUGUUUGAGAAGGAUCCUAUUAAAUAUUCCCAGUACCAACAAGCUGUAUAUAAAUGUCUACUUGACAGAGUUCCAGAGGAGCAGAAAGACACCAACGUUCAGGUGUUGAUGGUGUUGGGAGCAGGUAGGGGUCCCCUGGUCAAUGCAUCCCUGCGCGCCGCUAGACAGGCAGACAGGAAGCUGAAGGUGUACGCCGUGGAGAAAAACCCCAAUGCUGUAAUCACGCUGGAGAAUUGGCGCUUUGAGGAGUGGGGUGAACAGGUGACAGUGGUGUCAUGUGACAUGCGCGAUUGGGCAGCACCCGAGAAAGCCGACAUCAUCGUCAGCGAGCUGCUGGGAUCAUUUGGUGACAACGAACUUUCCCCUGAGUGCUUAGAUGGAGCCCAGCACUUUCUAAAAGAUGAUGGAGUGAGCAUCCCCUGUUCCUACACGUCCUUCCUAGCUCCCCUGUCCUCCUCCAAGCUUUACAACGAAGUGCGGGGGUGCCGGGAACGUGACAAGGACCCAGAGUGCCAUUUUGAGACGCCCUACGUAGUGCGCCUCCAUAACUUCCACCAGUUGGCUGACCCCAAACCGUGCUUCACCUUCAGACACCCCACAACAGAUAUGAACAAUAACCGGUACCAGUGCCUCAGAUUCUCCGUGGGUUGUAACUCGGUGCUCCAUGGUUUUGCUGGCUACUUUGAGACCACGCUGUACAAAGACGUCACACUCAGUAUAAAACCAGAUACACAUUCACCUGGAAUGUUCUCCUGGUUCCCCAUCCUCUUCCCCCUCAAACAACCCAUCCUUAUAUCCCGGGAUGAUGAUGUCACAGUGCGAUUCUGGCGCUGUAACAACGGGAAGAAGGUGUGGUAUGAAUGGGCCGUGACCGAGCCCUCCUGCUCUGCCAUCCACAAUCCAGCAGGACGCUCCUACACAAUCGGCCUGUGAAGAUGACUCAUCAGCACACCCGCCAA